AUGCUCGAGGAGUAUAGUCUCUUCGUGCUGUGCUCCGCAUCUAAGCGCGUGCACGGCGCCGAGAUGUCGGAGGGCGGGUAUAUCCAGGGGCUGGUGACGAUAGCGAGAGCUGGGCGCUGGGGCUUACGCCUCCGCUGUUCUGGGAAUUCUUCUUCAGCCUCUUACGGGUGUAUCACGGCUAAUUUGGCAGCCGCUGCCUGCCGCCGCCUGGCCUCCUGCGGCGUGGCCCUAACCCCCGCGAUUUUGACAGGUCUAAUCGCCCACCAUGAGACCGGCAGCAAGCGCUGCAGCGCGCGCAGUCGCGUCCUGCAGGAUCCAGCGAUGGAUUGGUCCACCGGCGGAGCUGCGCGCAGUGCAGAGCCCCUCGAGAGCAGCGCGGUCGAGUCCAGGGCAGGCAACAUGGGGCGCUGGACUGCCGGCCAAUGA